AUGAAGGUCACAUUCAAAGAUCUCAAGCAGCAAAAGUUUACGCUCGAUGUCGAGCCCUCCGAGCUGAUUUCAGCUGUCAAGGAAAAGAUUUCAGCCGAGAAGGGAUGGGAUCCCAAGUUGCAGAAGCUCAUCUAUUCGGGCAAGAUCCUGAAAGAUGAAGAAACCGUCGGCUCCUACAAUAUCGAAGAGAAGGGUUUUGUAGUCUGCAUGGUGAACAAGCCCAAGCCUAAGCCCGCCGCCGAAUCCAGCGCCGCCCCUCCUGCUACACCCGCCGCACCUGUUGCUAGCACACCUGCUGUCCCAGCUGCCCCCGCGCAAUCGUCAUCAAACCGAUCUGCUGUGCCUGCGACACCUACCCCCCAGCGCUCUGCCGAUGUUGGAGCCGGUGCUCAGUCCGAGGAGCCCUCGGGCCUUGCCAUGGGAUCUCAGCGCACCGAAGCUAUUGCAAAUAUGGAGGCCAUGGGCUUUGAGAGAAGCCAGAUCGAGGCCGCCAUGCGCGCUGCAUUCAACAACCCCGACCGCGCUGUCGAGUAUCUUCUUACUGGUAUUCCCGACAACAUCCGACAAGAACAGCAGCAGCGUGAAGCCGCCCCUGCGGCCCCUGCUGCUCAACCAGCUCAACCCGCUGCCGCCGCUCCUCAAGGUGCUUCCGAUGACGGUGGCGUGAACCUGUUCGAUCUUGCUGCUCAACGCGGAGGCUCUGGUGGUGGUGCUGCCCGAGGAGGAAGUGGCGGAAACCCAGCGGCUGCUGCAGCCGCCGCCGCCGCAGUAGCUGCUGGACAAGGUGGUGAUCUGGGUAACCUCGACUUUCUACGACACAACGCCCAAUUUCAGCAACUCCGCCAGGUUGUCCAGCAACAACCACAGAUGUUGGAGCCAAUCCUUCAGCAGCUCGGUGCCGGUAACCCCCAACUCGCCGAGUUGAUUGCCUCAAAUCCCGACCAAUUCCUUCAGCUCCUCGGCGAAUACGCCGAUGACGACGUUCCUUUGCCUCCUGGUGCUCAGGCUAUCUCAGUUACCGAGGAGGAACGUGAUGCUAUCGAGAGGUUGUGCCGCCUCGGAUUCGAUAGAGAUCAGGCUAUCCAGGCUUACUUUGCCUGUGAUAAGAACGAAGAACUUGCUGCCAACUUUCUCUUUGACCAGCCGGAGGAUGACGAGCCUGCGCCCAACAACUAA